UUAGCCGUCGAGAGUCUUGCCUUGGGCUUCGUCCCAGAUUAUACUCUCAAUACGACUGCCCCUUUGGGGGAUCUCAACCAGGCGCUUAAAGCAUCGGGCUUCGCAAAUGCGUCCACGUACGGCUGGUACGCGCAGACGUACCCAAGCAAGAUCUGGGAUGGAGCUCAGCUGCUGAAUAUCAAAGACGACAUUGUUGCUUCCGGUGCGAUCUUGGAGGCGGCCGUGAUGCCGGAAGAGGCAUGGACGGGAUAUACUGCUUCCAACAAUUCCCAGGCCAAGGCCGUCGCACAAGUGAUGAAGCAAUUUACGGACGCCGGUGUGACGGUGAGAUUGCGCUUCGCUCACGAGAUGAACUACUACACUACUGCAAAUGGCGGAUCGCGCUAUGCCGGUGGGCCUACAGCAGUUGCAGAUUUCCAGGAAGCGUUCUACCAAGUCUCGGUAGCAUGCCAGGAGAUUGCACCUGCAGUGAAGCUAGUGUACUGCCCUUCAAUGGCCAGCUUGUCUGAAUAUGAGAUCUGGGCGCCCAAUGCAUCGACGUAUGACUACGUGGCGGUUGACUACUAUCCGACCGAUGCUGCUGCUGCGACUGUGAAGUCGUACCUCUCAACAAUCAAGCCGUUCCACGACAAAUUUACUGAUGGUACAGGCAAGAGAUUCAUUAUUGCGGAAGCGGGCCUGCACUACAACACCACUGCUACGAACCGGGUUGCAUGGCUGCAGGACUUGACCAGCUCGCAAAUGAAGGCUGGCCUGCCUAACAUGGUCAGCGUGACGUGGUACAAUGCGCUA